UAAGACAUCGGCUCAUCCCCAAAUUCUGUUUGUGAAGUUGGAUUUGUUUUUUUAUCGAAGGUUCAAAAUGGCCUUUUAGGUGGAUUAGCCUACCGCCGAAUCCAAGGUUUGAUUGUUGAGUUUCCUGUUUGAGGUGCUUACAAGCCAUGUUGUUCCUUCUCCUGUUGAAUUGUGCCUGGGGCUUAUUGCUCACAGAUGACCUGGAAGGUGCCAUCGAGGAGAAUAAGGAGCUGGGCAAAGCCAUUCUGGAGAUGCUGCACAUCAAUAAGCUGUCUGCACCCCAUGUGGCCAAACCACACCCCUACAUGAGACAGGUCUAUCAGCUUCUGGACACACAAGAGGCCCGAGACUUGGGAAGCUCUGAUGGAACACUGGUGCAGAGUUUCCGGAGUGUUCUGGGCCCACCGCAUGCCCCUGCAGGAUGGAUCUGGUUCAACGUCUCCCACCUGAAGCCUUCUAUGGCCGUGGCUGAGCUCGUCCUGCUCCGCAAGACCCUCCACCCCGACCCCCUCAGUGUCACGGUGGCCCUGCACAGCCUGACCCGGGGGGCGAGUGGCCUAAGCGUGAGCCCUCCCCUCGAGGAGAGGAUCCUGACCCUGGAUCAGCUACCCCCGUCUGGCUAUGAUGUGUUCGACGUGUCCCCCUUCAUGUUCUCCUCCAUGCCUCUGGACGUGGUGGGCUUCCAGCUGCGCUACACGGACGAGAGUGGGAGCCUGGUGCUUCAUGAGGCCCUGACCCAGAGCCUCUACUGCCUGGGGGGCGGCUCCCUCAGCGAGCCCCUGCUGGUGGUGUACCGGGCUAGGCCGCUUCGCCCCCAGACGACGGCUGCCACCAAUGGGUUCCGGCCUGAGCGGAGACAGCGCCAGCACUGCAGCACGAGGAGCCAUGAGAGGAGGAGCCUCUUCCUGGCCAAACGAAAUGGCUACAAGCGCCGCCGCUUUGAUGCUAGCUCUGACCCACAGUGUCGGCUCUAUCACCGCUAUGUUGACUUCAACAAGGGCGAUCUGGCAAACUGGAUCCUACAGCCGUCAGGGUUCAAUGCUACCUUCUGCAGAGGUACCUGCCACAUUGGGAAUUCAGAAGUGUCCAUAGAAGGAUUUAGAGCAAGGAAAAUGUCACCUGAGGAGAGAUCAGUAAAUAGCUCCAACUGUGUUCCACUGGAGCUGUCAUCUCUCACCGUGAUGUAUAGGAGUGAAACGGAUGACGUCAUAAUCCAGAAAUUUAGAGAUGCUAGGGCAGAGAGCUGCACAUGCCAGCGACAGGCUAAGCAUUGAAACCAGCUCCCACGUACAGUAUUUACCUAUCCUAGCCACUGGAGGGCGAAAUUGCUUAUUGAAUCUGAAGUAGGAUGCCUGCUAGCAGACCGGCUAGUAGACCUGGGAGAAAAGGAUUAGGGUAAUUUUAUGUUUUGACAAAUCUAUGAACGAGGGUUGAUAGACUGUAUGUUCUGGU